AGUGAGCAUUUCCGGCGGCAGGCGCCGGCGCUCGUUUCCCGGUGGUCUCGCGGUCCCGGGCUUCGCCGUCGCCAUGAAGGACGUCCCGGGCUUCCUGCAGCAGAGCCAGAGCUCCGGGCCGGGCCAGGCGGCCGUGUGGCACCGUCUGGAGGAGCUGUACACCAAGAAGCUGUGGCACCAGCUGACGCUGCAGGUGCUGGACUUCGUGCAGGACCCGUGCUUCGCCCAGGGCGACGGUCUCAUCACGCUUUAUGAAAACUUCAUCAGUGAGUUUGAACACAGGGUGAAUCCUCUGUCCCUGGUAGAAAUCAUUCUUCAUGUAGUGCGACAGAUGACUGAUCCCAAUGUGGCCCUUACAUUUCUGGAAAAGACUCGUGAGAAGGUGAAGAGCAGCGAUGAGGCGGUGAUUCUGUGUAAGACGGCCAUCGGAGCUCUGAAGCUAAACAUCGGGGAUCUGCAGGUCACAAAGGAGACAAUUGAAGAUGUUGAAGAGAUGCUCGGCAACCUCCCGGGGGUGACAUCUGUCCACAGCCGCUUCUACGACCUCUCCAGCAAGUACUACCAGACCAUCGGGAACCACGCCUCCUACUACAAGGACGCCCUGCGCUUUCUGGGCUGCGUGGAUGUCAAGGACCUGCCGGUGUCUGAGCAGCAGGAGAGAGCGUUCACGCUGGGACUUGCAGGACUGCUUGGCGAAGGCGUCUUUAACUUCGGAGAGCUCCUCAUGCACCCUGUGCUGGAGUCUCUGCGCGGGACCGACCGGCAGUGGCUGAUCGACACCCUGUAUGCCUUCAACAGUGGCGACGUGGAGAGGUUCCAGACCCUGAAGAGUGCCUGGGGCCAGCAGCCAGAUCUAGCAGCCAAUGAAACUCAACUCCUGCGGAAAAUUCAGUUGCUCUGCCUGAUGGAGAUGACUUUCACACGACCUGCCAAUCACCGGCAGCUGACAUUUGAAGAAAUCGCCAAAAGCGCUAAGAUCACCAUGAACGAGGUGGAGCUUCUCGUGAUGAAGGCCCUGUCGGUGGGGCUGGUGAGGGGCAGCAUCGACGAGGUGGACGGGCGGGUGCACAUGAGCUGGGUGCAGCCUCGCGUGCUGGACCUGCAGCAGAUCAAGGGGAUGAAGGACCGGCUAGCCUUCUGGUGCACAGAUGUGAAGAGCAUGGAGAUGCUGGUGGAGCACCAGGCCCAUGACAUUCUCACCUAGAGCCACCGAGGACCAGCCUCAGCCGGGACUGUCCUUGAUGGGUGGGGACUCCCACCCAGGCCGGCCAGGACACCCGUGUGACAGCUGGUUCAGAACGGCCCGUAAUAAACACUUCUGUUCGUG